AUGAAGAACCUUGUCCUCAGCGUUAGUAACCUUGUCCUCACUGUGAGGUACCUUUCCUUCAGUGUGUGGUACCUUGUCCUCAGUGUGAGGUACCUUGUCCUCAGCAUGAGGAACCUUGUCCGCAGCGUGAGGAACCUUGUCCUCCGAGUCACGAACCUUCUCCUCUGCGUGAGGAACAUUGUCCUCAGCGUGAGAAACCUUGUCCUCAGCGUGAGGAACGUUGUCCUCAGUGUGAGGUACCAUCUGCUCAGCAUGAGGAACCUUGUCCUCAGUUUGAGGAACCUUGUCCUCAGUGUGAGGUACCUUGUCCUCAGCGUGAGGAACCUUGUCCUCAGCGUGAGGAACCUUGUCCUCAGCGUGAGGAACCUUGUCCUCAGCGUGAGGAACCUUGUCCUCAGCGAGAGGAACCUUGUCCUCAGGGUGAGGGACGUUGUCCUCAGCUUGAGGAACCUUGUCCUUGCUCGCACUGAGGACAAGGUUCCUCCCACUGAAGACAAAGUUCCUCACGCUGAGGACAAGGUUCGUCACGCUGAGGACAAGGUACCUCACAGUCUCACACGGAGGACAAGGUUCCUCAAGCGGAGGACAAGGUUCCUCAAACUGAGGACAAGGUUCCUCAAACCGAGGACAAGGCACCUCACACAGAGGACAAGGUUCCUCAAUAUGAGGACAAGGUACCUCACGCUGAGGACAAAGUUCUUCACUCUGAGGACAAGGUUCCUCACACUGAGGACAAGGUUCCUCACGCUGAGGACAAGGUUCCUCAAGCUGAGUACAAGGUACCUCACACUGAGGACAAGGUACCUCGCACUGAGGACAAGGUGCCUCACGAUCAGGACAAGGUGCCACACGAUGAGGACAAGGUUCCUCACGAUGAGGACAAGGUUCCUAACGCUGUGGACAAGGUUCCUUACGCUGACGUCAAGGUACCUCACACAGAGGAAAAGGUACCUCGCGCUGAGGACAGGUUACCUCAAAAUGAGGACAAGGUACCUCGCACUGAGGACAAGGUUCCUCACGCUGAGGACAAGGUUCCUCACGCUGACGACAAGGUACCUCAAACUGAGGACAAGGUUCCUCAAGCCGAGGACAAGGUUACUUACACGGAGGACAAGGAUCCUCACGCUGAGGACAAUGUUCCUCACGCUGAGGAAAAAGUACCUCACAUUGUGGACAAUUUACCUCAAGCUGAGAACAAGGUACCUCGCAAUGAAGACAAGGUUCCUCACACUGAAGACAAGGUUUCUCACACUGAGGACAAGGUUCGGCCGGCUGAGGACAAAGUACCUCACACUGAAGACAAGGUUCCUCACGCUGAAGACAAAGUUCCUCACGCUGAGGACAAGGUUCCUCACGCUGAGGACUAGGUUCCUCACGCUGAGGACAAUAUUCCUCACGCUGAGGACAAGGUUCCUCACGCUGACGUCAAGGUACCUCACCCUGAGGACAAGGUUCCUCACGUUGAGGAUAAGGUUCUUCACGCUGAAGACAAGGUUCCUCACGCUGAGAUCAUGGUACCUCACAGUCUCAUACGGAGGACAAGGUUUCUCAAGCUGAGAACAAGAUUCCUCACGCUGAAGACAGAGUUCCUCACGCUUCGGACAAGGUACCUCGCACUGAGUACAAUGUUCUUCACGCUAAGGACAAGGUUCCUCACGAUGAGGACAAGUUUUCUCACGCUGUGGACAAGGUACCUCACACUGAGGACAAGGUUCCUCAAACUGAUGACAAGGUACCUUACACUGAGGACAAGGUACUUCACGAUGAGGACAAGGUUCCUCACGAUGUGGAAAAGGUUCCUCACGUUGAGGACAAGGUUCCUCACGCUGAGGACAGGGUUCCUCAAGCUGAGGACAAGGUACUUCACAUUGAGGAGAAGGUACCUCACACUGAGGACAAGGUACCUUAGACUGAGGACAAGGCCCCUCACGCUGAGGACAAGGUUUCUCACGCUGAGGAAAAGGUACCUCAAACUGAGGACAAGGUUCCUCAAACCGAGGACAAGGUACCCACACUGAGGACAAGGAUCAUCAUGCUGAGGACAAUGUUCCUCACGCUGAGGAAAAAGUACCUCACGUUGAGGACAAGGUACCUCAAACUGAGGACAAGGGACCUCGCACUGAGAACAAUGUUCCUCACACUGAAGACAAGGUUCCUCACACUGAGAACAAAUUUCCUUACGCUGAAGACAAGGUUCCUCACGCUGAGACCAAGGUUCCUCACGCUGUGGAAAAUGUUCUUGACGUUGAGGACAAGGUUCCUCACGCUGAAGACAGGGUUCCUCAAGCUGAGGACAAGGUACCUCACAUUGAGGAUAAGGUUCCUCACAUUGAAGACAAGGUACCUCAGACUGAGGACAAGGUUCUUCACGCUGAGAACAAGGUGCCUCACGCGUGAGGAAAAGGUACCUCAACCUGAGGACAAGGUUCCUCACGCUGAGGAAAAAUUACUCACAUUGAGGACAAGGUACCUCAAGCUGAAGACAAGGUUCCUCACACUGAGGACAAGGUUUCUCAGGCUGAGGACAAGGUACCUCACACUGAGGACAAGGUUCCUCACGCUGAAGACAAUGUUCCUCACGCUGAGAACAAGGUUCCUCACGCUGAAGACUAGGUUCCUCACGCUGAGGAGAAGAUUCCUCACGCCGACGACAAGGUUCCUCACGCUGAGGUCAAGGUACCUCACCCUGAGGACAAGGUUCCUCACGCUGAAGACAAGGUUCCUCACGCUGAGGACAAGGUUCCUGAAUAUGAGGACAAGGUACCUCACGCUGAGGACAAGGUUCCUCACACUGAGGUCAAGGUACCUCACACUGAGGACAAGGUACUUCACGAUGAGGACAGGGUACCUCAAAAUGAGGACAAGGUACCUCGCACUGAGGACAAGGUUCCUCACGCUGAGGACAAGGUUCCUCACGCUGAGGACAAGGUACCUCAAACUUAGGACAAGGUUCCUCAAGCCGAGGACAAGGUACCUCACACGGAGGACAAGGAUGACAAUGUUCCUCACGCUGAGGUAAAAGUAGCUCACAUUGAGGACAAGGUACCUCAAGCUGAGGACAAGGUACCUCGCUGAGGACAAUGUUCCUCACGCUGAGGUAAAAGUAGCUCACAAUGAGGACAAGGUACCUCAAGCUGAGGACAAGGUACCUCGCACUGAUGACAAGGUUCCUCACACUGAAGACAAAGUUUCUCACACUGAGGACAAGGUUCGCCAGGCUGAGCACAAAGUACCUCACACUGAGGACAAGGUUUGUCACGCUGAAGGCAAAGUGCCUCACGCUGAGGACAAGGUUCCUCACGCUGAGGACUAGGUUCCUCACGCUGAGAACAAUAUUCCUCACGCUGAGGACAAGGUUCCUCACGCUGACGUCAAGGUACCUCACCCUGAGGACAAGGUUCCUCACGUUGAGGAUAAGGUUCUUCACGCUGAAGACAAGGUUCCUCAUGCUGACGUCAUGGUACAUCACAGUCUCACACGGAGGACAAGGUUCCUCACGCUGAGGACAGGGUUCCUCAAACCGAGGACAAGGUACGUCACACGGUUCCUCAAACCGAGGACAAGGUACGUCACACUGAGGACAAGGAUCCUCAAGCUGAGGACAAUGUUCCUCACGCUUAGGAAAAAUUACCUCACAUUGAGGACAAGGUACCUCAAGCUGAGAACAAGGUACCUCGCACUGAGGACAAGGUUCCACACACUGAAGACAAGGCUCCUCACACUGAGGACAAGGUUCCUCAGGCUAAGGACAAGGUACCUCGCACUGAGGACAAGGUGCCUCACGCUGAGAACAAGGUUCCUCACGCUAAGGACUAGGUUCGUCACGCUGAGGACAAGAUUCCUCACGCUGACGACAAGGUUCCUCACGCUGAGCUCAAGGUACCUCACCCUGAGGACAAGGUUCCUCGCGCUGAGGACAAGGUUCCUCACUCUGAAGACAAGGUUCCUCACGUUGAGGACAAGGUUCCUCACUCUGAAGACAAGGUUCCUCACGUUGAGACAAGGUUCCUCACGCUGAAGACAAGGUUCCUCAAACCGAGGACAAGGUACGUCACACUGAGGACAAGGAUCCUCAAGCUGAGGACAAUGUUCCUCACGCUGAGGAAAAAUUACCUCACAUUGAGGACAAGGUACCUCAAGCUGAGGACAAGGUACGUCGCACUGAGGACAAGGUUCCACACACUGAAGACAAGGCUCCUCACACUGAGGACAAGGUUCCUCAGGCUAAGGACAAGGUACCUUCCACUGAGGACAAGGUUCCUCACGCUGAGAACAAGGUUCCUCACGCUAAGGACUAGGUUCGUCACGCUGAGUACAAGAUUCCUCAUGCUGACGACAAGGUUCCUCACGCUGAGGUCAAGGUACCUCACCCUGAGGACAAGGUUCCUCGCGUUGAGGACAAGGUUCCUCACGCUGAAGACAAGGUUCCUCACGUUCCUCACGCUGAGGACAAGGUACCUCACAGUCUCACACGGAGGACAAGGUUCCUCACGCUGAGGACAAGGUACCUCACAGUCUCACACGGAGGACAAGGUUCCUCAAGCUGAGGACAAAGUACCUCAAACUGAGGAGAAGGUUCCUCAAGCCGAGGACAAGGUACCUCACACGGAGGACAAGGAUCCUCACACUGAGGACAAUGCUCCUCACGCUGAGGUAAAAGUACCUCACAUUGAGGACAAGGUACCUCAAGCUGAGGACAAGGUACCUCGCACUGAGCACAAGGUUCCUCACACUGAAGACAAAGUUUCUCACACUGAGGACAAGGUUCGCCAGGCUGAGCACAAAGUACCUCACACUGAGGACAAGGUUCCUCACGCUGAAGACAAAGUGCCUCACGCUGAGGACAAGGUUCCUCACGCCGAGGACUAGGUUCCUCACGCUGAGAACAAUAUUCCUCACGCUGAGGACAAGGUUCCUCACGCUGACGUCAAGGUACCUCACGCUGAGGACAGAGUUCCUCAGGCUGAUGACAAGGUACCUCAAACUGAUGACAAGGUACCUCACACGGAGGACAAGGAUCCUCACGCUGAGGACAAUGUUCCUCACGCUGAGGAAAAAGUACCUCCCAUUGAGGACAAGGUACCUCAUUCUGAGGACAAGGUCCUCACGCUGUGGACAAGUUUCCUCACGCUGAUUGCCAGGUUCCUCAUUGUGAGGACAAGGUAUCUCACGUUGAGGAUGCCAGGUUCCUCAUUGUGAGGACAAGGUAUCUCACGUUGAGGAUAAGGUUCCUCAAACUAUCUCACGUUGAGGAUAAGGUUCCUCAAACUGAGGACAAGGUACCUAACACUGAGGAUAAUGUACCUCACGCUGAGGACAAGGUCCUCACGCUGUGGACAAGGUUCCUCACGCUGAGGACAAGGUUCCUCACGCUGAGGGCAAGGGCAAGGGGCCUCACACUGAGGACAGGAUUCCUCACACUGAGGGCAAGGUUCCUCAAGCUGAAGACAAGGUUUCUCACACUGAGGACAAGGUGCGCCAGGCUGGGGACAAAGUACCUCACGCUGAGGACUGGUUCCUCACGCUGAGGACAAUAUUCCUCACGUUGAGGACAAGGUUCCUCACGCUGACGUCAAGGUACCUCACCAUGAGGACAAGGUUCCUCACGUUGAGGACAAGGUUCCUUACGCUGAAGACAAGGUUCCUCACGCUGAGGUCAUGGUACCUCCCAGUCUCAUACGGAGGACAAGGUUCCUCAAGCUGAGGACAAGGUUCCAAGGUUCCUUACGCUGAAGACAAGGUUCCUCACGCUGAGGUCAUGGUACCUCCCAGUCUCAUACGGAGGACAAGGUUCCUUACGCUGAAGACAAGGUUCCUCACGCUGAGGUCAUGGUACCUCCCAGUCUCAUACGGAGGACAAGGUUCCUCAAGCUGAGGACAAGGUUCCUCACGCUGAGGACAGAGUUCCUCACGCUGAGGACAAGGUACCUCGCACUGAGGACAAGGUUCUUCACGCUAAGGACAAGGUUCCUCACGCUGAGGACAGGGUUCCUCAAGCUGAGGACAAGGUACUUCACAUUGAGGAUAAGGUACCUCACACUGAGGACAAGGUACCUCAGACUGAGGAGAAGUUUCCUCACGGUGAGGACAAGGUUCCUCACGCUGAGGAAAAGGUACCUCAAACUGAGGACAAGGUUCCUCAAACCGAGGACAAGGUUCCUCACACUGAGGACAAGGAUCCUCACGCUGAGGACAAUGUUCCUCACGCUGAGGAAAAAGUAGCUCACAUUGAGGACAAGGUCCCUCAAGCAGAGGACAAGGUUCCUCGCAUUGAGGACAAUGUUCCUCACACUGAAGACAAGGUUCCUCACACUGAGGACAAGGGUUCUUCCUCACGUUGA